AUGGCGCUGCUCCACGCCGCGCUGCCGCCGCCCUCCGCCGCCGCCGCCGCUCACCACCACGCGGCAGCCCCGCCUGUCUUCCUCGCCCGCUCGCCGUACCACUCCCGCAGGGCGGCGGCCUCCUGCUCGCUCGCCACCGCCGCUCCCUCGUCGAGAAAAGCGUUCCUGUCAUGCCCGGCGGACCACUGGACCACGGCCGCGCCGCCGCGCGCCAUCCCGUCGUCGUCGUCGUCCCCGGCGCUCAUCGCGUCCGUGCAGGACCUGUACGACUUCAUCUACAGCGGCCCGCUGGUGGACAGGAUCGGCUACACCGAUGAGAAGAUCGCCGAGUCCAUCGACCGCUGGCUUCUCGCCGGGGCUCGGUUGGCGCGCCUCUUCCGCCUCAACGAGCUCCAGCUGUCGGAGGCCGAGAAGGCCCGGAUAUACCACUUCUACAUCCCCGUCUUCCUCUGGUGCGAGGACCAGGUCAUGGAGCACAGAGCCAAGUACAACGACGAUGAUGACAUCCCACCAUUGGUGAUUGGGGUCAGCGCUCCCCAAGGAAGUGGAAAGACGACUCUUGUCUUCGCACUUGAUUAUCUUUUUCGGGUUGCUGGUAGGAAUUCUGUCACAUUGUCUAUAGAUGACUUCUAUUUGACAGCAAAAGAACAGAAUGAACUGAGGGACAGAAAUCCUGGAAAUGCUCUUUUAGAGCUCCGUGGAAACGCUGGAAGCCACGAUCUCCAAUUCUCAGUUGAAACACUUGAGUCACUGAUCAAACUAACAAAGGAAGGUAUGAAGAUGAAGGUUCCACGGUAUGACAAGUCUGCUUUUGGGGGAAGGGGUGACCGGGCUGAUCCUUCUGUAUGGCCAGAGGUUGAAGGGCCCUUAGAGGUUGUUCUGUUUGAAGGAUGGAUGCUCGGAUUUAAACCUCUUCCAAAUGAAGAAGUGAAAAAAGUGGAUCCACAGCUUGAGGUGGUUAACAAGAACCUUGAAGCAUACUAUGGUGCUUGGGACAGGUUCAUCCAAUCAUGGAUUGUUAUUAAAAUAAGAGAACCAAGUUGUGUAUGCCAGUGGAGGCUGCAGGCAGAGGUAGCUAUGAGAGCAGAUGGAAAUCCUGGAAUGUCUGACGAGGAGGUUAUGGAUUUCGUAUCACGGUACCUACCAGCAUACCAAGCAUAUUUGCCCACACUAUACAAAGAGGGACCAAAUGGUUCGAAUCCAGACCAUCUGCUGGUCAUCGACAUAGAUGAAAAUAGGAAUCCUAUUUGUGGUGGAUCAUGGGAUGUCGCAUGUUUGUGA